AUGCCCUCCCCACCACCCACGCCCGAAGAAGCCCAGCGCCGCCAAACCGAAGCGCGCGCAGCCGUCACCGCAUCCCUUGCCAGCGUCGGCGCAUCCGUCGACAACGAGAUGCGCACGCGCACCGCCGACCUGCACGCCAACUCUGCGGCAAUCGCAAAGCAGGAAAAGGAGCUAGCGAAGCAGACGGCGGCGCUGGCGAAACAGACUGCCGAGUGGGAUAAACUGCUUCAGGGCGGCACGAAGAAGUUGAAUGAGGUGGGGGAUAUUCAGAACUGGGCGGAGAUGAUUGAGAGGGAUUUGCUGGUGUUGGUGGAUGGGAAGGGGAGGGAGAGGGAGGAGUCGGCGAGUGGGACGGGGGGUUGGUAG